AAAUUCGCGGUCACACUGCAGACGCCAAUUUUGCUUACAAAUUAAAGUUUUUCGCAGUUUUUUUUGACAACUUUUCGGCAAUAAUGGGUAAAGAAAAGAGUGGCAAAUCGUUCAGCAUUGCUGACUUGGUGUUCGCCAAGGUGAAGGGUUACCCGGCAUGGCCAGCAAAGAUCACAAGGUAUAUCAACAAAAAGUACAAUGUUUACUUUUACGGCACAGGAGAGACCGCCAAUAUUAAAAUAGAGGACCUCUUCCCCUAUGUCGAAAACAAGGAGAAGUUCGCCACCGACAAGAAUAUGAAGCGAGCCAAGUUUAGCGAAGCAAUGGAUCAGAUUGAGAGGGCACUUAAGGGGGAGGACUCGGCUCCAAUCGAUUUAUCAAAUCCCGAAGAUGGCGGUGCCGACGAGCACAUCUCAAUCCCUGAAACGCCCUCCCCGGUAAAAAACGCAACACCUACCGAAGCCCCGCCAACUGCGGAAGCGCCUGAUACUCCUGCUGCAGAUGCUUCAGCUGCCGAGAGCACCAAUACACAGAAGAAAGCUGCGGGCGCACGCAGGCCGAAAGCGGCUCUGAAACAUGUGGACGGUGACUCUGAAGAGGCCGGCACCGAUUCUGCUGACGGGCCACCGCCGCAAAAGCGGCGCGUCCCACCGGAAGGCAUAGCUGCGGCACCGACACCACCCGCAGUAGCCAACGCCAGCAUGGGCAAGAAAUCAGUGAAGAAGUCGAAGCCAACCGCCGCAGUGACACCCAUUCAAAAGAGGUCGCGCCCUACAAACAAUAAAGAGAAUGACCUCCUGAUGGUAUAUAUGCCGACAGCCAAGUGCUUGGGCAUCGACAUCAAUUACAACAAGCCGGAAAGAUUUGAAAAUGCCGCUGCCGAGCAGUCCUGGAUGGAUAGGUCCCGCAAGGAGGCCAACGAACUGAAGCUGAAACUGGAGUCGGGGCAGCUCGAUCCCGACACCCUGCCCGGGCGCAUCAUCGUUGAGCCCUCGCGAAAUGAGAUACCCAAGCAGGAGGCAGCGCGAUUCAUUGCGGAGAUCAUCGAGCACGAGGACGCCCUGUUUAUGGAGCGGGACUUCAUUCAGCUUUCCCAGCAGCUGCGCGAGUGCCUGGGCCUGCGGCGAGCCAAUGUGGGCAAGUGUCUAGAGAUACUAGACCAGUUCAAGGAAGUUGAGCUGACCAAGCUGAUGCUGCUGCGCAAUCCAGAAUGCGUGGACAUAAUGCGACGACUGCGAAGAUAUGUUGGCAACCUGGACCUCUGGAAGAUGGACUACACCGAUGAAGUUGAGUUCAAGGAGAAGGCUCAAAUCAUACGUAAGGUGUCGACGCACAUCUACGAGGGGUUCAAGAACUUGUUUAACUCGGCGUCGGAGGAGGACAACUUUUGGAUCGAGUUCUGCGAGAAGGUGAAGAUCUACAAGAGCUAUACAAAAAACGUGAAUGAGAAUCUUCGCGUCUCGAUGAACGAGCGUGGCUAUGACAGUCUCGUUGAGGCCAAACAAGGCAAUAUCCCAGCUACCGCUAAAAAAGAGUAAACAACAAUACAGUAUAAUGUUUUUAGCGUCAGUUACUAAUCCAACGAUACGAUAAGGUAAAACCCUCCCAAUGCACAACGUAUUUGUGUGUAUUGGACUCUAUAAAGUUUUUUAGUUACUCCUAAGCGUUUAAAGCUAAAGCCCCAGCACAAUUGAGCUAUAGCUCAAGAACACAAUGGAACCCAACCCAACCCCUUACGAUUAGCAAAGUUUUUAUUGCUUAAUCUAUCGGAUUAAAACAAAACAAAUUAUUCAAAUUCCUUAUUUGCCUACAUUUUUGACUCUGGAUGUGGAAUAUUCUGCAAUCGAUUGGAUGGACCCGAUACAUUCACAAGGGUUCCGAUCCUUAAAAUUUUACUUACUAUGUGUGUAGAAAUGUUUGAUCAACAAUAAAUAAAGUUCUAGAUUAUACAGACAAACAUAAAUUACUCGAA